ACGUCGUUGCCUAGUUCCCACUGACCUCCCUCCUUGCCUAGUUCCCACUGACCUCCCUCUGCCGCGGUCGCUUCGUUCCCCUUUGCACUCGCUGGCGCAGUUGCGCCUCGUCGCCCGAAUCCAGGCGGAUCUGUGUCCAGAUCGAUCAAGCGCCUCGGCUUCUUGAUCCCCCGGCAUCCAGCCGGGCCGACGCCCGGAGAGCCAUCGUGGUAGGUACACGGCGGCGCUUCUUCCUCCUCCGACGCCUGCCGGCUGCUUCACUGUACGCCUGGUACGUAUGAUUUACCUAUCAGGGAGCACCCUAAAUCUCUAAUGCUUUCCUUAGCUUCAUGAAAAAACAAGAACCCUGGAGACGGUGCUGUUCGUGUGCGUGUGAGGAUGCUGGCGAGUGCUUCGACGGGACUAAUGAACUCAGUCCUCGAAAAGUUAUCCAGUCUUAUGGCUGAUGAGUCCACCAAGCUCGUAGGUGUGCAUAAACAGGUCUGUCUGUCUACCCAAUCCAACAUCCGCGUUCUAUGCUUCUAGUUCUAGUCAGCCAUACCUGAAAUCUGUAACCAAAUGUGUUGCCAAAUUCAGGAAGAAGAAAGGGAAAGAAAAAGGAAGGGGAAAAAAACCCGGUUGCGGUUCCUCCAUCAUGAGCUCAGCAGCAUGCGGGGUGCUCUAGAAGAUGUUGCGGACAUGGAGGACCUGACCAACGAAACCAAGGUGUGGAGAAAUGAAGUGACGGAAUUGGCCUACGACACGGAAGAUUGCAUCGAUGAUUUUAGACACCGUGUUGAAAGUCCACAUGACGGACAAGGGUUGAUGUGUAGGGCUGCUCGUCUUCUCAAGACACUGAUGGCGCGCUAUCAAAUAUCUAGAAAAAUUGAAGAGCUCAGGACUCGCGUGCAAGAGGCCAGUGAUCGCCGCACAAGGUACAGACUUGGCGAAUGUUUGUCUAGAUCUGCUCAUGUUUCUGUUGAUCCUCGGAUCACUGCACUUUAUGCAGAAACAUCAAGCCUUGUCGGGAUCGAUGCCCCUAAAGAAGAGGUUAUCAAGUUGUUGACUAAGGUCGAUGAUGCGUCACCACAAGAGCUAAGAGUGGUAUCUAUUGUUGGGUUUGGAGGCCUAGGAAAGACUACACUUGCAAAUGAAGUCUACCGCAACCUUAGAUUGAGUUUUAGUUGCAAGGCUAUCAUAUCGGUGUCUCAGAGACCUGACAUGAUGAGUCUUCUCAACAGCCUGUUCUCAAAGGUUUCGGGGCAAGGGGCUAAUCACGCUAACGAUCUGCAAGGUCUAAUAGACAAUCUUCGAGAGUAUCUCCAAGGCAAAAGGUAUUUUCUCGUGGUUGAUGAUUUAUGGGAUGCAUCAGCAUGGGAAAUUAUAAAAUGUGCUUUUCCAGAGAGUCACUGUGGCAGUAGAGUGUUGACAACUACACGAAUUGAACGUGUGGCUGUGGCAAGUUGCAAUUAUCAGUUGAAGUUCGUUUACAGGAUGAAACCUCUGGGUGAUCAUCAUUCAAGACAGUUGUUCCUUCGGAGAGUUUUUGGCUCAGCAGAUACAUGUCCUGAGCCAUUUGAAGGACUACAAGAGAAAAUUCUUCAAAAGUGUGGCGGCCUACCACUAGCAAUCAUCACUAUAGCCAGCCUUUUGGCUAGUCAGCCAACCAGGUCAAUAGAGCAGUGGAAGUUUGUCCUUAAUUCUUUACGCCACAACCUGGGAUUAGAUCCAACAUUAGAAGGGAUGAGGCAGACAUUGAACCUUAGCUACACUCACCUUCCACAUCCUCUUAAGGCAUGCAUAUUGUACAUUGGUAUGUAUCCAGAGGAUUACGAAAUUCAGAGGGAUGACUUGGUCGUUCAAUGCGUAGCUGAAGGUUUCAUUAGUGGAGUAGAUGGGAGAGAAGCAGUGGAAGUGGCGGGGAGUUACUUGAAUGAACUUGUGAACAGGAGCAUGAUCAUCCAACACGUAAAAUAUGGCGCUAGAGGGGAUCGCAUCAUCUAUAGAGUGCAUGAUAUGGUUCUGGAUCUAAUUUUGUCCAAGUCCACAGAAGAGAACUUCUUGUGUGCAGUGGAGAACCUACAGGCAAUCAGCACAAGACAACGGCAGUACAAGGCUCGCCGGCUCUCCCUACAGUUUCAGGACAGAAGCCUAGUUGAAAGUGCAGGCCGCAUUAGCCUGCCGCAUGUUCGAUCACUGAUCAUUUUUGGAUGGCCUCAUGGUAGCCUUGAACUGCUUGAGCUCAAGUUUAUCCGAGCUCUGUAUAUUGAGCGUGCCACCAAUGAACUUGACCUCACUCUGAUCAGCAAAUUGUUCCAGCUCAGAUGUUUAUGCGUUCGUGGCAACUACAAACGGCUGCAGCUACCUGAAGAAAUUAUCGGUCUACAGCAUCUAGAGGCAGUAAUCAUAUUGUCAGACUUGUCCAAUGUUCCACGGGAUAUUGUUUCUUUGCCUGCUUUGUUAUACUUGCAAUUUCCCCCAGCCGCGUCUUAUCCCAUUGGAAUUGGCAACAUGAAAUGUCUCCACACUUUGCGCAGCUUUUGAUCCCAGCAAGCAGUCGGUGGCUAACACAUGGGCCCUUGGUGAAUUGUUGAACCUAAGGGUUCUUGAUCUGUUGAUCGCUGGUGGAAGCUUUGCCAAUAAAGGUGCACACAUGGAUGCUCUUAUGUCCUCCCUGGAGAAGCUAAUCAGUUGCAAUCUCAAGACACUAUCCAUCAUCGCACGGGACAAUGUGGGUCGUCACGGCAGGUGGAGUUCUUUGUGCUUCUCUUGCUCUCAUCUCGAGCAACUCCACCUAUUAUACUUCAAGAUCCAAAGGAUGCCGGCGUGGGUUUGCCAACUACGCGCCCUCAGCAGCCUGAAAAUCAAAGUCGGGGGAGCUGUGCGAGGACGAUGUUGCUGUUCUUGCAGGGUUGCCUGUCCUUGCUCGUCUUGUUCUGGACGCUGAGGUUGUUCCUGCCGAAGGGGUCGUCUUCAGUGGUGGCACGGCAUUCAGGGUCCUUGGUUACUUGAGAGCUCCCUACGUGGCAGAAGCGGGCGUCACCUUCCAGGCAGGAUCGACGCCCCAGGUCGAGGUCCUCAGGUUGCUGGUGAGGGCGAGCGAUGUGCAGCGGCAUGGUGUCAAGCUUGCCGGCAUCGAGCACCUAACAAAUCUUAAGCAGGUGCUCGUCAACUUACGAAAUGGCGACUGUGACGAAUCAGAGGUGCCGGCAAUAAAGGAGGAAAUUCGGAGGGCUUUUGAUGCCCAUCCAGCUUCCUCCAGCAUUCAGAUCGAGUUUUAUUGAGUCCCGAUACGAUUAAAUUGCACUUUUGUUGGAUAACUUAUUUUUUUAGAUUUGCUUGUGGUCAGGUGACUGCUCUGCGGCUUAUCCAUCCGUCAACUUUUGGAUCGAACAGUCAAGCAGUUCUUCAGUGUUCUCACUGUUUUUGUUUCUUUCAAUUGGGCGUUGGGCCCUCCUAUGCUCUGUUGGGCUUC